AUGGUCUCACGCCCUCCUUUUGCCUUGUUGUGUUUGCAGCCGGUGGUCCAUAUUGGGUGGGUGAGCUGCAGCCUGACAGUGGCCCCAGUCAGAGGGAAAUGGAUUCACAUUGACUCUACCCUCAAGGCCACAUUGUAGGAUCUCUUCCUCCUUUGAGCCAGGAGGGCAUUAUUGGGGAAACUCUUAGUCGCUGCCCAGGUUGACCCCAUUUCCUCUCCUCCCUGCAGGUGCACGACUUAGAUCCAAAUACGUGGAAGAACGUGGAAGUUGUCCACAUUGACAUUGCUGACAGGAGCCAAGUCGAGCCUGGAGUAAGUGGUCACACAACUCAGGGUGCUGCAGGCACUUCUGGUGGGGUUAAUCACAUGGGCCUGUGGAAGGCUUUUUUUUCCUGGAUCAGUGCCUUCAUUGAAACUUUUUGCUGUUUUUGUGCUAGUCCACCUGCCCUGCUUGGCCUGGCAUCUGCUGUAUUUGAAGGGCAGAAGCACCUCUAGCCUUGUUUCUGUCCCUUCCUCCCCCAGGCCUCACAGAGACCAGCAGUGGGGUGGGGGUGGAGAUUCUCCAGCAUUUUCCCUCCAUGUCCUUGCACUGUGUUGAGGGGGGGGAAUGCAUUCAGGUGCCUUCUUAGCUUGCAAAUGUGCCUCUUCCCUCCCCCCCCCAUGCCCAUUGUAAUAUGGGCUGAGGGAAGGGGAAGGAGUGUUCCUUUCUGAGUGCCAAGGACAAUGUCACCACAGCAGACGAAGAAGAGAGGCCAUUAAAGGCGAGGUAAAUGGAGGCAGAAGCAGCCAGGUCUUUUUGGGGGGGGCUACUGGGACACCCACAGCACCAAAGGUGGGAACACCUCUGCAGAACAGAUUUUUAAAAAAAUUUAAUUGUUGAAAUGUUGGGAGUGCACAAGAGCUCUUCGGCGAUGGGAUCCAGGCUGCAGGUUAGCUGCUUCAGCUGUAGAGUGAGUGAAUGAUCCAUGUGCAGAACAACGUAGUACAGUUGUACCUUGGUUUUUGAACAGCUUAGUUCACAAACCACUUGGAAUUCAAACACCGCAAACCUGGAAGUAGGUGUUCCGGUUUGCAAACUUUGCCUUGGAAGCCGAACGUCCGGCGCGGCUUCCAAUUGGCUGCAGGACGUUCCUGCACCCAAUCGGAAGCCGCACUUUGGUUUCCGAACAUUUUGGAAGUCAAACGGACUUCAGGAAUGCAUUCUUUUUGAAAACCAAGGUUCGACUGUACUGUAAUCCUGAACAGCUCUCCCCACUCCUCCUCCUCGCUCUGUGUUGCAUUUAACACAGUUAACUCCUUUCUGAACGCUCCAAAUGAAUUAUAGGAACCGCUCGCAAAAGUGAGGAAUGAUGACAGCCCCCAUUUUCCCUCUGCAAUUUGUCCCUACUUGGUAGUUGGAGGACUCGUGCAUCCCAGUUGUGCUGUCCUAGCUCUACUUCAAGGUCUGGAAGCGUUUGACCUUGGAAGGGCUUGCAGUUCCUGCACAGAAUUGGGCCAUCACACCCCACUGCUCAGACCUCUCUUUGCUGGGCUUCUCUCUCCUCUUUUCAUCAGGCUUAACCUUUGAAGCGACUUUUUUGUUCUUUUUGUUUCAGCACGGUCCGUGGAAUGUUUUGCAACACUUGUCAUAUUUUGCCUUUCAAGUUCCUAUGUUGGUUUGGAAAGGGGAUCUCUCAGCAGUAAAGGCCCUUCCUGUUGCUUCCCCCCAUCCCCGGCCCCGGAGUGUUUUUGUAGUAGAAAGUGCUCUUUGCUCUCGGAAUCAGGCCGCAGCCUGGCUAUUCUUGGUGCUGCAGACUUGGCUGAAAAGUGGGCAGAUAACCCUGUGAGGGGAGCACAGGGAUUUUUUUUGCUCUCCAGCUGCUCAUGUGCUGCUCAUGUUAUGCUUAGCAUUCGGCCUUCGACUUGAGUGAACCUUGGCCAAACCAUCUUUGCAAGGCGGUGCCUUUUGUUCCAAGGCUCUAAUCAAUGAGCAGCUGGCCCCAAGCUCUGUGUGCUCUUGAAGGUCCUAAUGAAACUCAGAUGCCAGCUCUUUGCCUCUCCAAAUGUAUACAAAUGGUUCAUUUGACAUCUGCUGCUUUCUUAAGGUAUAAAUGGAAAGCUGGCCCCUUCUAAUCAUCUCCAGAGGUUUGUCUAAGCAGUUUUACGUGAUUUGUAUACAAAAGUCACUUCCCAAGAGAGGAGGAAUCUUUUAAAGUGUAAGCAGAAGGAGACACACAAUUAACUACAGAAAGGCCUCUGCUUUUGGAAGUGAUUUGGAAGAAAAUGAGCAGAGUGAAAACCCAGAAAUUGAAAUCAGCUUCUUGCCUUUCCUCUGUGCCCAGGGCUGGGGGUUCUCUUGCUUGCCCCCUCUUCUGCCCAGGCCCAGGCCAGCUUCCUGGCACCAUCUCCUUGGCUUUCCGUCUGGCAAGGGACCUGGGCCACAAGUUCAGGCCCAUCCAUGAUGGUUCAGUCACUUGCAUCACCUCCCUGUCAGUGUCUUGGCUUCCCUCGCCAUCCUAGGGCUGCCAUCCUGAUUGGAUGGAGGAGGACCUCCAAGGAAGCUCUGCCCUCAGGGCACUGUCAUCUUAGCUAGCCUAUUUAUCUGGACCACCCCUUUGGGUCUUCAUUCAGCAAGCCAGCCUCAUUGCGUCUUGCAUGUGAACCAUGAGCUACUGCUGCAGCUUCCAGGGUGUGGGGGUUGAAAUGCACAAAGUGGGGAGCGUCUUCCAACAGUUUCCUUCCCUUGGCAACAGGCUUGUGGAGAGGAAGAAGGAGCAGCAGCAGCAGCACCCCCAGACACCAGAGCACGAACCACUGCCUGCCUUUCCUGAACUCCCUCCUGGGCAGUUGGCUAAAGGGCUAGCAAGGAUCACCUUGAUCCCUGCAGGGCUCCUUCCUUGGUGGUCUCUACAGCUCAUGGGAACCCCCUUGGCAGGACGGUCAAGAGCCCUGGCUGUUGUUCCACCUCCACGUGCUGCCCCUGCUGUUUUCCCCACGCAGACACACGCUGUGACAGGAUCCUCCAUCUGCCUCCCUCCACGCUGACUUGCAUAUUGAGUGAAUCUUUUGAAUGUGCUUCCUCUUGUUUUAACAUUCCUGCUAAUUUAGUUUUAAUACAUGAAAUUAGGUUAAGAGAAGUGAGGAGCUGCAAUCUUGCUGGAGGCGCCUGCUGUGGUUUGACAUGAAGCCACGGCUGACUCUGGUUCCAGCACUUUUUAAUGCUGUUCUUGAAAGGGCUCAUUAGCAUAUAUAUAUAUAUAUAUAUGUAUAUAUAUAUAUAUAUAUAUAUAAUGCAGCGGUUGUUGUGGAAAGUGCUUCUGAGUGAACUGACAGUCUCUCUAACAAUAUGGAGAGCAGGAUUUUUCACAUUAAAUGAAAACAUAUUGGAGAGAACAAGCCAUUCCCAUAACCUUGAAAUAUCACUGGGGCUCACCAGAGUUGCUCAGUAUGCUUUUGGUUGUAAAAAUGUUUUGCCAGCAGUUGGGAAUCACCAUCCUAGAGAAAAGGUGAAUCCAACUGUGACAGCCUUCCAAAGGAUCUGUAAAACUGCAGCAAGUCAAGCCCACUCCCCUUUCUAGGGAGCAGAAGCAAAGGGCAGCCGAUUGACUCACGUUCCUGCCUGUCACGCCACAAAGGGGAUAGUGUCCCCAUUCUGCCCACCUGCCUACACACCAACACCCCCACAAAGCUGCCUGUGGGUGGGGUUUCCCCUUUCUUCCUUGCUCCCCUUCUCCUUGUGCCCUCAAUCUUUCCCAACAUCAGGGUCUUUUCCAGGGAGUCUUCUCCUCUCAUGAGGUGGCCAAAGUAUUGGAGCCUCAGCUUCACAAUCUGUCCUUCCAGUGAGCACUCAGGGCUGAUUUCCUUAACAAUGGAUCGGUUUGAUCUUCUUGCAGUCCAUGGGACUCUCAAGAGUCUCCUCCAGCACCAUAAUUCAAAAGCAUCAAUUCUUCGGCGAUCAGCCUUCUUUAUGGUCCAGCUCUCACUUCCAUACAUCACUACUGGGAAAACCAUGGCUUUAACUAUAUGGACCUUUUUGGCAAGGUGAUGUUGGCAAACUGUCUAAGUUUGCCAUCGCCUUUCUCUCAAGGAGCAGGCGUCUUUUAAUUUCGUGACUGCUGUCACCAUCUGCCGUGAUCAUGGAGCCCAAGAAAGUAAAAUCUCUCACUACCUCCAUUUCUUUCCCUUCUAUUUGCCAGGAGGUGAUGGGACCAGUGGCCAUGAUCUUCAUUUUUUUGAUGUUGAGCUUCAAAUCAUAUUUUGUGCUCUCCUCUUUCACCCUUAAUAAAAGGUUCUUUAAUUCCUCCUCACUUUCUGCCAUCAAGGUUGUGUCAUCUGCAUAUCUGAGGUUGUUGAUAUUUCUUCCGGCAAUCUUAAUUCCAGCUUGGGAUUCAUCCAGCCCAGCCUUUCGCAUGAUGAAUUCUGCAUAUACGUUAAAUAAGCAGGGAGACAAUAUACAGCCUUGCCGUACUCCUUUCCCAAUUUUGAACCAAUCAGUUGUUCCAUAUCCAGUUCUAACUAGCUUCUUGUCCCACAUAGAGAUUUCUCAGGAGACAGAUGAGGUGAUCAGGCACUCCCAUUUCUUUAAGAACUUGCCAUAGUUUGCUGUGGUCGACACAGUCAAAGACUUUUGCAUAGUCAAUGAAGCAGAAGUAGAUGUCUUUCUGGAACUCUCUAGCUUUCUCCAUAUUCCAGCGUAUGUUUGCAAUUUGGUCUCUGGUUCCUCUGCCCCUUUGAAAUCCAGCUUGCACUUCUGGGAGUUCUCGGUCCACAUACUUCUUAAGCCUGCCUUGUAGAAUUUUAAGCGUAACCUUUCUAGCGUGUGAAAUGAGUGCAGUUGUGCGGUAGUUGGAGCAUUCUUUGGCAGUGCCCUUCUUUGGGAUUGGGAUGUAGACUGCUCUUCUCCAAUCCUCUGGCCACUGCUGAGUUUUCCAAACUUGUUGGCAUAUUGAGUGUAGCACCUUAACAGCAUCAUCGUUUAAAAUUUUAAAUAGUUCAGCUGGAAUAUCAUCACUUCCACUAGCCCUGUUAUUAGCAGUGCUUUCUAAGGCCCAUUUGACUUCACUCUCCAGGAUGUCUGGCUCAAGGUCAGCAACCACACUACCUGGGGUGUACGAGACAUCCAUUUUUUUCUGGUAUAAUUCCUCUGUGUAUUCUUGCCACCUCUUCUUGAUGUCUUCUGCUUCUGUUAGGUCCUUUCCACUUUUGUCUUUUAUUAUGGUAAUCUUUGUACGAAAUGUUCCUUUCAUAUUUCCAAUUUUCUUGAACAGAUCUCUGGUUUUUCCCUUUCUAUUGUUUUCCUCUAUUUCUUUGCAUUGCUCGUUUAAGAAGGCCUUCUUGUCUCUUCUUGCUAUUCUUUGGAAAUCUGCAUUCAAUUUCCUGUAUCUUUCACUAUCUCCCUUGCACUUUGCUUGCCUUCUCUCCCCCACUAUUUGUAAGGCCUUGUUGGACAGCCACUUUGCUUUCUUGCAUUUCCUUUUCAUAGAAUCAUAGAAUCAUAGAGUUGGAAGAGACCACAAGGGCCAUCGAGUCCAACCCCCUGCCAAGCAGGAAACACCAUCAGAGCACUCCUGACAUAUGGUUGUCAAGCCUCUGCUUAAAGACCUCCAAAGAAGGAGACUCCACCACACUCCUUGGCAGCAAAUUCCACUGUCGAACAGCUCUUACUGUCAGGAAGUUCUUCCUAAUGUUUAGGUGGAAUCUUCUUUCUUGUAGUUUGGAUCCAUUGCUCCGUGUCCGCUUCUCUGGAGCAGCAGAAAACAACCUUUCUCCCUCCUCUAUGUGACAUCCUUUUAUAUAUUUGAACAUGGCUAUCAUAUCACCCCUUAACCUCCUCUUCUCCAGGCUAAACAUGCCCAGCUCCCUUAGCCGUUCCUCAUAAGGCAUCGUUUCCAGGCCUUUGACCAUUUUGGUUGCCCUCCUCUGGACACGUUCCAGUUUGUCCUUCUUGAACUGUGGUGCCCAGAACUGGACACAGUACUCCAGGUGAGGUCUGACCAGAGCAGAAUACAGUGGCACUAUUACUUCCCUUGAUCUAGAUGCUAUACUCCUAUUGAUGCAGCCCAGAAUUGCAUUGGCCUUUUUAGCUGCCGCGUCACACUGUUGGCUCAUGUCAAGUUUGUGGUCAACCAAGACUCCUAGAUCCUUUUCACAUGUACUGCUCUCAAGCCAGGUGUCACCCAUCUUGUAUUUGUGCCUCUCAUUUUUUUGCCCAAGUGCAAGACUUUACAUUUCUCCCUGUUAAAAUUCAUCUUGUUUGUUUUGGCCCAGUUCUCUAAUCUGUCAAGGUCGUUUUGAAGUGUGAUCCUGUCCUCUGGGGUGUUAGCCACCCCUCCCAGUUUGGUGUCAUCUGCAAAUUUGAUCAGGAUGCCCUUGAGUCCAUCAUCCAAGUCGUUGAUAAAGAUGUUGAAUAAGACCGGGCCCAAGACAGAACCCUGUGGCACCCCACUAGUCACUCUUCUCCAGGAUGAAGAGGAACCAUUGAUGAGCACCCUUUGGGUUCGGUCAGUCAGCCAGUUACAAAUCCACUGAGUGGUAGCAUAGUCAAGACCGCAUUUUACCAGCUUCUUUACAAGAAUAUCAUGGGGCACCUUGUCAAAUGCCUUGCUGAAAUCAAGGUAGGCUACAUCCACUGUGUUCCCUUCAUCUACCAGGCUUGUAAUUCUGUCAAGAAACGAGAUCAGGUUAGUCUGACAUGACUUAUUUUUCAGAAAUCCAUGCUGACUAUUGGUGAUCACAGCAUUCCUUUCUAGGUGCUCACAGACUGUUUGCUUAAUGAUCUGCUCCAGAAUCUUCCCUGGUAUUGAUGUCAGACUGACCUUCUUUGGUGUCAUUUCUAUAAGGUGUUGUAAGUCUUCAUAGAAUUGGUCAAUUUCAGUUUCUUCAGCACCAGUGGUUGGUGCAUAAACUUGGAUUACUGUGAUGUUAAAAGGUCUGCCUUGGAUUCAUAUCAAGAUCAUUCUAUCAUUUUUGAGAUUGCAUCCCAGUACAGCUUUUGCCACUCUUUUGUUGACUAUGAGGGCCACUCCAUUUCUUUUACGGGUUUCUUGCCCACAGUAGUAGAUAUGAUGGUCAUCCGAACUGAAUUCGCCCAUUCCCAUCCAUUUUAGUUCACUGAUGCCCAGGAUGUCAAUAUUUAUUCUUGCCAUCUCAUUUUUGACCACAUCCAACUUACCCAGGUUCAUGGUUCUUACAUUCCAGGUUUCUAUGCAAUAUUUUUCUUUACAGCAUUGGACUUUCCUUUCGCUUCCAGGCAUAUCCGCAACUGAGCAUCCUUUCGGCUUUGGCCCAGCCGCUUCAUCAGCUCUGAAUCUACUUGUCCUCCGCUCUUCCUCAGUAGCAUGUUGGACGCCUUCCGACCUGAGGGGCUCAUCUUCCAGUGUCAUAACUUUUAUAUGCCUGUUGCCUUUGUCCAUGGAGUUUUCUUGGCAGGGAUACUGGAGUGGCUUGCCGGUUCCUACUCCAGGUGGAUCACAUUUGGUCAAAACUCUCCACUAUGACCUGUCCAUCUUGGGUGGCCCUGCACGGCAUAGCUCAUAGCUUCUCUGAGUUAUUCAAGCCCCUUCGCCACGGCAAGGCAGUGAUCCAUGAAGGGGACAACAACAGUUAAAGGCCUUUUUUUGCCACAAAAAUGGCCUUCAAAAUAGCUGCAAUACAAAUCAGAAUUGUAGAGUUGGAGGGGACCCCAAGGGUCAUCUAGUCCAACCCCCUGCAAUGCAGGAAUCUCAACUAAAGCAUCCAUGACAGACGACCCUCCAACCUCUGAUUAAAAACUUCCAAGGAAGGAGAGUCCACCACCUCUUGUGGACGUCCGUUCCACUGUCAAACAGAUCUUAGUUUCAGAAAGUUUUUCCUGAUGUUUAGUGAGAAUCUCCUUUCUUGUACCUUGAAGGCAUUGGUUCGAGUCCUCCCCUCUAGAGCAGGAGAAAACAAGCUUGCUCCCUCUUCCAUGUGACAGCCCUUGACAUAUUUGAAGAUGACUAUCAUGUUUCCUCAGUUUCCUCUUUACCAGGCUAAAUAUACCCAAUUCCCUCAAAUGUUCCUCAUAAAACUUGGUUUCCAGACCCUUGAUCAUCUUGGUCACCCUCCUCUGCACACCUUCCGGCUUUUUAAAUUGUGGUGCCCAGAACUGGACACAGUCCUCCAGGUGUGGUCUGACUAAGGCAGAAUAGAGUCAAACUAUUAGUUCUCUUCAUUUGGACACUAUACUUCUGCUGAUACACCAAAGAAUGACAUUAGAUUUUUCCACUGUUGCAUCACACUGUUGGCUCAUGUUAAUCUUGUGGUCCACCAAAACCCCUAGAUUCUUUCCACAAUCCAGGUGUCCCCCAUCUUAUAUUUGUGCAGAUAGUUCUUCCCGCCUCAGUGUAAAACCUUACAUUUGUUUCUAUUGGAAUUAAUUUUGUUAGUUUGGGCCCAGUUCUCCCAGUUUAAUCUGUUAAAGUCAUAUUAAAUCCAGAUUCUGCUUUCUGCGACAUUAGCUAACCCUCCCAACUUGGUGUCAUCUGCACAUUUGAUGUGCGUUCCCUGAAUUCCUUUCUCCAAGUUGUUGAACAACAAAGGGCCCAGAAUUGAACCCUGUGUCACCCCACCUGUCCCUUUUUUCCAGGAUGAUGAGGAACCAUUAGUGAACACUCCUUAGGUUUGGUCAGCCAACCAGAUACAAACUGAGGUAUCAUGGGGGACUUGUCAGAAGCUUUACUAAAAUCAAGAUGCAUUAGGUCCUCAGCAUUCCCCUGAUCCACCAAGCUUCUACCUCAUCAAAAGAAGAAAUGAGAUUCGCCUGGCAUGAUUUGUUCUUGAGAAACCCAUGUUGGGUCUUAGUAAUCACAGGGCUCACAGAUCAACUGUUGAAUUAUCGGUUCUAGGACCUUUUCUGGUAUCUGCAUCAAGCUGACUGGUUGGUACUUACCUGUGUCUUCCUCCACCACCACCCCCUUUUGAAGAUGGGGGCAACAUUUACUCGUUUCCAGUCCACAGGGACCUCACCUGUUCUCCAAGAAUUCUAAAUAAUUAUAGACAGAAGCUCUGAGAUUACAUCUGCAAGCUCUUUUAGUACCUGUGGGUGCACCUCAUCAGGCCCCGGAGAUUUGAGUUCAUUUAAAGAAGCCUAGUGUUUCCUUAGCACCUCUUUUCCUAUCUUGGGCUGCAGCUCCCUCCUGGCAUCGUUUACUCUGUUAUCUCCAGGCAUAGGUGCCAACUCCUAGGGGCCAUUGGAAGUGGCUUAAGUGCUGCUCUGCUGCCCAGGAGGGAGGCCUGCCCACAAGAUGGUGCUCUCGUUGCCGGGCAAAGGAGGAGGAAUAUGAAACAACCAGCCAUUGAAGAUUUGCCUGGGCUGUACUGGUUUGAUAAUGAGAUGAAGAGUCUGUAGUUGGUGGCAAGGAGAAGGCAACUGCUCAGCCACGUCUCUCUCCCAUUCCCCAAUAGCCUCCGAGUUGGCUCUGCUGGUCAGUUGCUUCUCUGUAACUCAGAAUUAGAGCUGAUGUGAUGUUUGCUCUGUGCUGUAGUUGUUGGACGCAGAAGGAAAAAAUACAUACCAAGAGUGAUUGUGACAAUUGCACAGGAAUCCCUUGGCUUCAACUGACUUAAGGCCAAGGUCCCAACUUGCACCUGGCCAGAGCCUGGCGUGUGCACCUAGAGCUGGGAGCAAAUGCCGAGGGAGGGCAGCAGAACUCCCAUCUUCCAAAACUGCUAAUGGAGCAUUUUGCUUUCUCUGGUAUCCAUGGGAUUGAUUCUUGCAUACCUGUUCAUCAUCCUGAUGGGGGCAGGGUGGGGGGGUCCCAGAGGCUGGACAGUCUUCCAUUCUGUUGGUCAUAUGUCUGGACACGGAUUUUUAAAGCCUGCUCACCCACUGGCAUAAACAAGUCCAAAAUUCUCUCCCUCAACAAUAGAUGUGACCAUCUGUGAUUUCAGUGUCGGGGGUGGGGGGGACAAGACUUUUUUUGGAAUGUGUUCACUUGCUGCUAUCCUUGCUAUCCUUCAGGCAUCAAGUGAAGUCCAAACUUUUAAAUGGACUUAGGAUUCCUUAAUGAGGCUUCCUAAAUAAAUAAAGAACACCUGUGUGUAGAGAUAUUGAUGGAAGACGCAUUGGGAAGUCAGCUUAAGGGCGAGUCUUCUGGAAAAGUGGCCAGUAUUGUGUUAAAUUCCCCUUUUUAGGGGAAUUAGCUGCUGCUAAAUCAGGGGUCAGCAACCUUUUUCAGCUGUGGACUGAAAUGUAGCUAAAGCGGGCCUCUGGAAUUGGCCCAUUCUGGGGUGGCAUCACAGUUAUACCAGGAAGGUGUUGAUUCCCAGCAGUGUGUGAGGCUUUCUUCUUUUCUUCCCCUUGCAAGUUCAUCACAAUUUCCCCAGCUGUAUUUUUUUAUUGUUAGGCAAGGCGGUGCUAAUGUUCUAACGAGAUUUCACACCUUGGCUGGUAAAGUGGCCAAUUAGAUGUGGGGGUUGCAUGCUUAACCCUACGCCCCAACCAAGUGGGCUCAGUUUUGAAAUCAUCUUCAUGAUGUUGUCCAGGGGUCAGCAAACUUUUUCAGCAAGGGGCCGAUCCGCUGUCCCUCAGACCUUGUGGGGGGCCGGACUAUUUUUUUUGGGGGGGAGAAUGAAUUCCUAUGCCCCACAAAUAACCCAGAGAUGCAUUUUAAGUAAAAGGACACAUUCUACUCAUGUAAAAACACCCUGAUUCCCCGGACCCGUCUGCGGGCCGGAUUUAGAAGGCAGUUGGGCCACAUCUGGCCCCUGGACCUUAGGUUGCCCACCCCUGUACUAAAUGAACAGAACACAGCUAUACUCUCCUUUAUUCUACAGCUUCUGUGGCUCCUACUUGAUUGUUUUUUGGCAAUGAAAAAUGCUGCCUGAGUGCCCCCCCCAAAAAAAACCCCAUCCUAAUUCCUCAUUGGGCUUUUGAUUUCACAGGACUACAAAGCUGAUGAGGACCCAGCCUUGUUCCAGUCAGUCAAGACCAAGAGAGGCCCUUUGGGACCUAACUGGAAGGUAAUACUAUUUGACUUUUCUGUCCUAAUCAACAGAAAAAGUCGACGCGGAAUAGCUCUUGAGCAGGGAUUGCCAACCCAGCACCCACAAGCGCUGUGGUCCUUUGGUGCCCCCAGGAUGAACCAUAAUUCGUAAAUUCCCAGCUUUUGUUUUAAAAAAGUCUCUAGCCUUUUUUAGAACCAGAUAUACGAAAUAAAACAUAUAGACUAUUACUGUUUUGGGGGGUUGAGAAUCUAGCCUGCUGUACCUUUUCAGGGUUUUGCUUUGUGCCCCUCCCUCUGAGUCACCCCCUUUGGCCACGAGUGUGAGAGAGGGAGAGGUGUGCAUCUGUUUGGUAUGUUUGUGAGAGAAGGACAAGAGCAAGUGUCUGGGUAGUUUGGGGGGGGAGUGGGGGGAGGCAUGUCUGAAUAGGUGGACUGUGAGAGUGAGGCACAGGUGUACAGGUGAAGCAUUUGCCCUUGAGUGAGAGGCAUGUUUGCCUGUGGUCUGUGUCUGGGCGAGGGAGGGAGGGAGGGAGGGAUUUUUCUCCUGGCUGUGGCUUGAGGCCUGAAUUGGGGCGUUGUAGGCAUAGAUCUCUUAAAGCUCCCUUCUCGUGUGAAUGGGUGAGAGUCAAGGCAAAACUGGCAUGUUAGUUUUCUAUCAUAGUCAUAGAAUCAUAGAAUCAUAGAGUUGGAAGAGACCACAAGGGCCGUCGAGUCCAACCCCCUGCAAAGCAGGAAACACCAUCAGAGCACUCCUGACAUAUGGUUGUCAAGCCUCUGCUUAAAGACCUCCAAAGAAGGAGACUCCACCACACUCCUUGGCAGCAAAUUCCACUGUCGAACAGCCAUUACUGUCAGGAAGUUCUUCCUAAUGUUUAGGUGGAAUCUUCUUUCUUGUAGUUUGGAUCCAUUGCUCCGUGUCCGCUUCUCUGGAGCAGCAGAAAACAACCUUUCUCCCUCCUCUAUGUGACAUCCUUUUAUAUAUUUGAACAUAGCUAUCAUAUCACCCCUUAACCUCCUCUUCUCCAGGCUAAACAUGCCCAGCUCCCUUAGCCAUUCCUCAUAAGGCAUCAUUUCCAGGCCUUUGACCAUUUUGGUUGCCCUCCUCUGGACACGUUCCAGUUUGUCAGUGUCCUUCUUGAACUGUGGUGCCCAGAACUGGACACAGUACUCCAGGUGAGGUCUGACCAGAGCAGAAUACAGUGGCACUAUUACUUCCCUUGAUCUAGAUGCUAUACUCCUAUUGAUGAGGCCCAGAAUUGCAUUGGCUUUUUUAGCUGCCGCGAUUUUUGAAGCAUUCAGCAUCCUAAUUAAUCCUAACUGCUUCCUAUUAAUCUGCAACCACAGCAGGUAAACAUGCUGGUUGCCUUUAAACUAUUUAAACCUUGAAUCUUCUUUGCAUGUGGAAUGUCUGAAGUUUGAUGCCCAGGGGCAUCUCAAGGCGGGCGGGGGAGAGACUCCCUCCUCGGAAACCCUGGAGAACCAUGGCUGCCGUUCCGUGGAGGCAAUACUGAGCUAGAAGGGUCUGACUUGGCACAAGGCAGCUUCCUGUGUUCCUAUGAGAACAGGGAUCCUGUGAAUAUUAAAUCUCUUUUGAGCCUUCUUUUGAUAUGAAAUGGCACACCUGCUCUUGAGCUGAAUGUAGCAUUGAUAAAAUAUCGGUUCAUUUAUUCUGGCUCUUUGCUGCCCUCGCCUCUUCCGGGGCACCAGCAUUUCUUGCUGUGUGGUAGGAUAUUGCCCAGCCUCCCCCAGCCUCCCUAUCAGCCCUUUUCUCUGAGGAGGGUGACUGGCCUGUGUGUGAAAAUGUGCACCAGCUAGAACUGCAUUGCACAGCCAUGUUGGAAGGAAGACUGCCCACUGGGCCAGAGGCCUCCUGGGUGCAUCUUAAUCAGCCAUCGAAAAGCACUGACAGUGAGGGCCCAAAGCAGCCUUGGAGAGGAAGUCCUGUUCCAUAGAAAUUGUGGCUUGAUUUUUUAGUAGGGAUGACUUCAAGGUAAGACACUUCAAUUCAGUUACCAGAGUCUGCCUGAUGCCUGUCAAACAGAAACGCCCCACUCACCUUCUUCUUUUGCUUCUCUGCAAACAGAAGGAGUUGUCUGCUGAUGGAGACUGUCCGAAAAUGUGUGCUUACAAGCUGGUGACAAUCAAGUUUAAGUGGUGGGGACUGCAGAACAAAAUAGAGAACUUUAUUCAGAAGGUGAGAAGCUGGGAAUGUUUGUCAGAGCUUGGAGGAGACAAGCUUCUCGUGUGUUGAUUUGAAUUGCCUGGUUUGACUUUGGAAGAAUUGCCUUCUUGGGGGUAGAUCUGCUUCUGGACUGUUCCCUUAGUCCUGUGAGAGAGGCAGCUAUGAAGGCUGCAGGAGAAAUAGAACAGCAGUUGCUUAGUGAACCUGAGGGACUGUGGCCUCAGCCUGCUUUUUUUUCUCUCUAAAGCAAGAAAAAAGGAUAUUUACCAACUUCCAUCGCCAGCUCUUCUGCUGGAUUGACAGGUGGAUUGACCUCACGAUGGAGGACAUCCGGCGGAUGGAGGAUGAAACGCAGAGAGAGCUGGAAGCGGUAAGAGUGCUCUUGCAGAGGUUUCUGACUUGGCACAGCUGCCAUGUUCUGCUGCAUUCAGGCCUUCUGGGAAAUGCAGGACUGCACUUUGUUGGAGCAUUACUGUGGUGGGAGAGACUGCUCAGCCCUCUGGAGGCUCACUCUUGAAGCAAAAAAGACAAGAGUGGCAAACAGAGCUGCUCACUUGAGCCAGCCCCCCUUUUUAAAAGGGCAAACCACAGAUUGAUGGGCUAGCUGCCUCUUUGACCAGGACAUCCUGGCCAGUCUGCAGGGCUUUCCUUUCCCCUGUAUGAAGUUUGGCUAUUAAAACUUGCCUUGGCUUUUUGCUGGAUAUGUGUGCUUGUUCUGUACGCUUCUGAAUUACUGCUAAUGCUACUAACACUACAAGGGACAUCUCCCCAUAGAGCAGAGUGGCUGAGAAACCUGAGGAAAGAGUCAGAGCAGGAAGGAAGAUCCCCAAGAGAGCCCCCUGGUGUCUGCCACAUUCUUCUUCUGCUGCUCAUUUAUUCAAUCCUCCAGCGAACAAGGAUUUUACAGUACAUGUACAUGAUGGAGACUGUCCUGUGUUUCCUUUCUGUCCUUCCCUGUCAUGUUGUUGCUGCCUGUCUCCUCUUGCGUGUUGCUUUGUGGGGCUCCCUCCAUGGAGGUAAAUGCAGGUUGCUCUUGGGCUCUGCACUGGGACCUCCAGCAGCCCAUCCAGCCCUUGCUGCGGUGCUCCUUGAAGCUGCUGCCCUCUUCACAAGCAUCUCUGUGUCUCUGGGCAGCCCAGUUGCACAGAUGCUUCCUCAUGUGAUCAGAGGCACGGGGGUGCUGAGGGGUGCCAAGACUGCCUAGCCUGGAGGGAGGGGGAAUGGGCUUUACGGACCUCUUGCCCCCUCAGGACCCGGUUUCUUGCCUUGAGCUCUUUUGGCCUUUCUCCUUCCUUGAAGGUCUCUGGCUGCCUUGGCUCAUCUCUUCUUCAGCCAGCUUUUCUGUUUCUUCUUGACAUCUUGUGUGUGCUCCUUCUCUGAUUCAUCUCACCUCCUGCAUCCCACCUUCUUUCUGUCCGUUGUGACUAACAUCUUGCAUCUGGUGGUUGUUUGCCCUUCAUAGGAGGCCCCAGCAGGGGAGAGAUGUUGCAGGACAGGUGUUUUCAACGGUUUUAGACGCAGGGACCACUUUUAACCCUAACAUACAUUUGGGGAUCCAUUUCUUAACCUUUUAAUAUAUAUUUGCUUGGUGGUAGUUCCUCCUCUUCUUUUUCCAUUUCUCCUCCCCUGGGCAACUCGGAGUUUGCCGUUUGCUUGAACUGUGUGCUGUUGGUUGCAAAUGGAGCGCUCUUCCUUCCUCUCACUUGCUUCAGGGCACAAGGCUAUUUUAUACUGGCUACCAGAGGCUUUUCUCUGACCAGUGUAAUCCUUUCCAACUAAAUCCUCCUCUGUUAACUGCCUAGUGGCUGACAGUUUUAUUUUGCAUCUAGAUGCGUAAGAAGGGUUCCGUCCGAGGUACGUUGGCUGCCGAUGUCUAG